UGUGGGCACAGUGGGCUGGGGGCCUAAGGGCCCUGGUGGCCCUAGGGACCCCAUGGCUAUGGCAGAGCGGCCGAGGCCCGAGUGGGCCUCAUACCACGACUGCAACACCAACAGCUGCCAGGACCUGGGCAACUCUGUCCUGCUGCUGCUGGGCCUCAUCAUCUGCAUUAACAUUGGCAUCAAUAUGGUGACCCUGGUCAGGGUGGGGCCUGGCAGGAAGGAACUGGUGGGAUAUGAGGGCUGGGCCUAGUGUCCAGGGCCUGCAUAGGAUCACUGUGUCUCCCCCAUCUAGCUCUGGAGCCGACUCCGUGGGGUCUUACACCAAGCGUUCCACGAUAUCGUUUGUGAGAAAGAAGCUCCUAAGUCAUCCUUACCGGAAAAGCAGUCCCAGCCCUGGAAGAAGCAGAGUUCCCAUGCAGUCCAUCUUCGGUGCACCACGGACCCUGUGACGAUGACUGUGACCCCACCCCCCACUCGCCGCCGGCGCCGUCGAGGCUCUCCCACACGCUGCACUCACCGCCCAGUAACUUGGGCUCCUGACACUGACGAUGAGAAGCCCCAACAUCAGUACCCAGCCAUCUGCUGCCACCACUGGGAUGGCCCCGAGAACUGGGAAGGCUUCCAACCCACUCAGGGGACCUGGGUUCCCUGGACUCGGGAUGCCCCGGAGCCCCCUCCCCAGACCAUCCACUUCCAGCCUACCAUAGAGGAAAGGCCCCUCAAAACAGACAUGAGGUCCGAGCUGAGUCUAAGGGCCUAUGUGUAUCCUGUGAACCCCCCACCUCCCAGCCCCGAGGCUCCUAGCAACAAGAACAGUGGGGAGGGGGCGGUGCUGGAGGCAGAGGCGGCUCAGUGCCAGCCUGUCCACCCUCCCACCCUGGGCCCAGCAGUCGUCCCUGAAUUUUUCCGGCGCCGCUCCUCAGGCCGAAUAGUGUAUGAUGCCCGGGACGUGAGGCGGCGGCUUCGGGAACUGACCCGGGAGGUGGAGGCCCUGUCCCGCUGCUACCCAAUGCCCUCUGGAUCCAGCACUGCCGAGGCGACAAGCAAGAAUUGGGUGUACCGUUCCCUGACUGAGAGGUGACUGGGAAAAAAUAAAAAGGAGAGAGGAGGUGA